UUUCAAAGUGAUUAGGGAUGACAAAUAUUUGUUCUUUUAGCAAAGCCUCGCACCAUCUUUGUAGCUCAACUUGGUGUCUAAUGUCAUGUUUCUACCGUCUAAUCCUUGCUGUUAGAGUGAAUUCUUUUUGUAUUCAACUUUGUUAUUUUCUCUGCGUUUCUUUCUUUGGUUUUGUUGUUCUGAAGGUUUUGAAGCCAAGAACCCAUGAUUCUUUUAAGCCUAGGAGCUUAGAUCUGUUCUUCACAUCCGUGUCUGCCACCACAGUUUCAAGUAUGUCAACUGUUGAAAUGGAAGUUUUCUCCAAUUCCCAACUCAUUGUUUUAACCAUUUUAAUGCUCAUUGGUGGAGAAAUCUUCACUUCCAUGGUUGGACUUCAUUUCAAGAAGUCUCAACUUAAGAAAAUGGAAAACAAAAUUUCUUCCCUUGCAAACAAUGAUCCUAGCACUUACCAAUCUGAGUUGGUAAUGGCAGAAAAACAAGAUUUUGAAAAUCUUGAAUCAGGAAAUCAUGAAACUUCAUUAGAUAGUAGUGUAGAUUUCUUGAAGUACAAAUCGAUCAAGUUUUUGUGUUUUGUGGUUUUGGGAUAUUUUAUAACUGUUCAAGUUCUAGGAGUUUCCCUAGUUUCAACCUACCUAGCCCAUGUUUCUAGUGCAAGAAAUGUGCUAAAAAACAAGGGGCUAAACUUGCUAACAUUUUCUAUCUUUUCUGUUGUUUCAACUUUUGCCAACUGUGGUUUUCUUCCAACAAACGAAAACAUGGUGGUCUUUAAGAAUAACUCAGGCCUCCUACUCAUCCUCAUCCCUCAGAUUCUUCUUGGAAACACCCUAUUUCCCUCUUGCCUAAGAUUCUGUGUUUGGUUCCUGGGAAAGUUUUUCAAGAGAGUAGAAUCAAAUUACCUCUUGAAGAAAACAAGUGAAAUUGGAUAUUUUCACUUGCUACCAAGCCAGCAUUCUUCUUAUUUGGUCGUUACUGUUUUUGGGUUUAUCAUCACUCAAUUUAUAUUAUUUUGCUCCAUGGAGUGGAAUUUGUUAAAUAAUAUUUAUAAUUCAGCUGGAUUAAGCGGUCUAAAUUCUUACCAAAAAACUAUAGGAGUAUUUUUUCAGACCAUGAAUACAAGAUAUGCUGGAGAAAGCAUCGUCGACCUCUCAACCAUCUCCUCAGCUAUCUUGGUGCUGUUUGUGGUCAUGAUGUAUCUUCCUCCUUAUACUUCUUUCCUCCCCGUAAAAGAUGACGAAGAAAUAUAUAAGAAGAAAAGAAACAGAAGGGGAAAGCUUUUGGAGAAUAUACUGUUCUCUCAACUAUCAUAUUUAGCUAUUUUCAUCAUCCUUGUAUGCAUCACAGAGAGGCAAAAACUGAAGGAAGAUCCUCUCAAUUUCAAUGUAUUGAAUAUUGUGGUUGAGGUAGUCAGUGCAUAUGGAAGUGUAGGGUUUACAACAGGCUACAGUUGUGACAGGCAAACACAACCUAAUAGUAAUUGUGUGAACAAAUUUUAUGGAUUCUCAGGGAAAUGGAGUGAUGAGGGGAAGAUUAUUCUCAUAGUGGUGAUGGUGUUUGGAAGACUUAAGAAGUUCAAUAUGGAUGGUGGCAGAGCUUGGGAACUCUUGUGAUCAUGGAGACAUGGAAAUAUCAGCAAUAUACAUAGUGUGGCGCCAUGCAUGUUUAUAUAUAUAAUUAAUUAGUCCUCGAAGUGGCAUAAUUAUUCUUCUCUUCUUUUUUUUAGGAGAGAGCAGGUAUUCAACAAAGUACAUAAUAUAAAAAUGAAGCAAUUAUUU